CCAGAAAUCUCAUCGUGGCCUGAAUCCAUGCGUUCCUCUGGUCAGUGGCCAUCCGGAAAGCUCGAGUGAUUGUGAGGCGGUUGCUUUCUGCCUACCUCCCAACGAACACCGUGGGCGCUGAUGGCCGCCGACCGCCCUGGUACAGAUGCGGCUCCGAUCGGCGACCCCCAAACGCUGUGAUGACCAUAGUGGCCGUGACAAGGGCCGUGAUCGCCGCCUCAAUCCAAAUCGUCGGGGCGAUCAAGACCGUGGCUGUGACUCCCGCAAUUUUCGGGACGCUCGUGGGUGCCGUGAGGCUCGCGGUCGCGAGUCGGGCCGUGGGGGCUCGGGGGCGUGGCUCCCCUCGCCACUCUCGCCGCUCUCGCCCUGGCGCCACAGAGAGACUGGAGGUCUGGCGCCUCCGUGAGGCGCUGGCCCAGGUGGGCACGGAGUGCCAGGCUUCUGCAGAGCACGAGGAGGACGGGGCCGAGGAGCUGCAGCUGCGGAGGCACGGCGACGACCCCGCCCAGGCCGUGAAGCCGUCGUUCGGCGACACAUCGGCCAGGCUCGUAGGCUUAGAGCCGCGUGGGCUCGGAGCAGUCAGGGGCAGAGCAGUCGAUCGAGCGGGCAACCGAGGCGAACAGGUCUCCCACGGGCUCUUCCGUCGUGAGUGCACCAGCCGCCGUCGUGGACGCACUUGGCUGGGUCGACGGAACGGGCGUUGUGGGAGGGCCGCUGUACUGGGUAGGGGCGGAGAGCGUCGCCGCGCUAGGCUUGUACACGUUGAUCGGGGCCCGAGCGCACACGUCGCCAACCGCUUCCUUUGUGGUGCCGAUCUUUCCGACCCUGAUGUUGCUAUACGUGACGUAGGCGUGCGGGUUGCUCUUGCGCACGUUCUCCGGCGUAGAGACACCUGGCGUACAAUUGCCUCGCUCGGCUCCCACGUUGGUGCUGCCUUUCGGGUAAGUGCUGUCCAGCCAGUCCAUGUACACCGAGGUGUCGUCCCAGAUGCUCAUGACGAGAACCAUGCCGCGGUCCAGGGCAUCGCCGAGAGCUUUCAUGCCGCCUCUGUCCUGGAAAUCCGCAGGGUCCCCGAACGCCGUCUUCUGCGCCUUGCAGAAGUCGUCGGUCAUGGAGGACGCCGACUCGUCGACCAGACUGGGGGAAGGCAUCUCGAUCGUCUUGCCAUCCUGCUUGUACGAACGUCUGAUCUCGACAAGGUCGCCUUCGUCGGUCCCGUCGCUGGUCAAGAACUGCGUAGUGAUCGUCAUGGCUUUGGUGGUGUCGAUCUGGAAGCCCGCACCGGGCCCGAAGAAAGCUUUGUUCCCGAGCCGCCAGUCGUUCCAGUCGCAGCCGUCCCUGUCGCACUUCCCCUGCGAGCGCGUCGCAUCCCCGUGCUGUCCGGGUCCGCACUCCAGGCCAGAGCACUUUACGGCACCAGGGUCCGCGCAAGUGUGCAUCGAGAACGCGGUUGAACGCAUGUUCGCCUCCCAAAUGUCCACCUCCGUGCAACAAUAUCCGAUGCUCCCCAUGGGCACGUUGGCGGUUCCUCCUAUGAACUUGCCGUCCAAGAAACACUGGGCAUCGCAAUAACCUGUGCCAUAGUGUGCGCCGGCCUUGUUCUGCCCAACACCAAGGUCACCCUUUUCUUGCAUCUCGACGAAAUAUAAAGCCCCGUUGAUGCCACAUCCCAACGUAGCUAGGUCAACAUCGAAAGUGAACUCCCGGUUCUUGAGAAAAAACAUCUUGUACGCGUUCCCCUGCAUUGCGUACACGCGGGAACCAACGUUGAGACCGUAGUCGUUCUUCGCGAGGAAUUGCAAUCUGACAGCGUUUCCAUUGGUCGUGAUGCCAUAAUUUUUCUGAUAGGUUGCUGGGUCCAAGCCCUCGAGGACGCACUUCUGCGCGCAGACGCCGGGGUUGGGGCAGUGCGACUUCACCCAGCCGCCCGCGUAGCAAUUGUCGUACCCGCCCACGCCGUGCAGCCAGCGCCAGUUCGCGUCCACCGUGAUCAUCGCGUUGUCCUUGCAGCAGCCCGCCUCGUGCAGUCGUACAUCUGCAGGGGGGGAUGGUUCUCCUGCGACACGCUGCCCGGGAGCUGCGCGCCCGCCCCGCUCAGCAGCGCCGCGGCGCCGCCCGCCCGCAGCCAGCGCCCCAUGGCGGAGGAAGGGGGUCUCUCUCGCACCGCCGGG